AUGCCGUUUGGAAAUGGACACACUGGAUCACAGCGCAAACAUGGCGUCCCCUCGGCCAGGCUCCCCGUCUCGGGCUGGUGCCUGCUCUGCUGCCUCCUGUGCGGGGGGCUGGCCGCGGCCAGGGGCCCCCUCGCCCAGAGCUGCCAGCCCUGCGGCCCCAGCUGUUCCUGCGCCGGCGGCAGGGCCCCGGGCUCCUGCCUGGUGAACUGCUCCUCGCGGGGGCUGGAGCAGCGCCCGGCCCUCGGCGUCCCGCCGGCAGCCACCGCUCUGGAUCUUUCCAAUAACAAGAUCACCAUUUUAGAUGUUCAGGCUUUUAAACAUCUGACUUCCCUGGAAGAACUAGAUAUAAGCCACAACAUGAUUUCUACGUUAGAAGAUGGAAUAUUUGAUAAUUUAUUUAAUUUAAGUUACAUAAACUUAAGUCUGAAUCCAUUUCUUUGUGACUGCAAACUUUCCUGGCUCCCCCGCUGGGUGGAAGAAAGAAAAGUUAACGUUAGUCGGCUGCUGGAUACAAAAUGCGCCCAGCCUCCUGAAGUGGCAAACCUUCCUCUUUUCAAUGUUUCAUUCACCAGUGUUACUUGUGGAGCUCCUUACAUAGCAUGCUUGACCGACAACUCCACAGGGGCAACCGAUUCCGUCAUCCUCUUCACGUCCGUUCUUUCCGCAAACCUCAGCGAGGAGACCUGCAGCGCCCUCUGCUAUGCUAAAGCCCAGGAGUAUGGUGGCUUCGGCGACCAGGAGCAGUGUCUGUGCGGCGUGGCCCUUGAACCAAAUUCUUCCUCCGGUUGUUUGCCAUUUUGCACGGAGGACUCUGCUAGGCGAGCCUGUGGUGGCCCUUCCCUUGUCCGCUCUAUCUUCCCAGCACGGCUGCACGCCUCUUUCCCAGGUCCCCGCCGCCCUCACGGCCUUCACCGCAUGUUGGCCUUCAAUGUCAGUAUUCCAGUUGCUGUCAGCACUUUACAGUGGGACUUCGGGGACCGAUCAGGGCUUCUCAACACUACCAAAAACGUAGCGCUCCAUCAGUACGCCUUGCCCGGGCGCUACAACGUCACCGUCACCCUCUUCAUGGGCGCCAGGGUCACCUCCGUGCAGACGGAUGUCGAGGUGGUGGCUCCCCCAGAGCGGAUAGACCUGCAGUGUCCUACCCUGGUCAGGACGAACGAAAGCCUGGACCUACGGAUCAGGAAUAGGGGUGGCACUGGCCUAGCAGCUGUGUAUAGUAUUACUGCAGAGAAUGAAGAGCCAGGCAAAGUGAUUCACCCAAUGUGCCCGUCAGAUGGCCUGGUCUUCCCUGGCAACAAUCACUGCUACCAACUGGUGGUGGAGAAGGCUCAGUGGCUGGAGGCCCAACAGCAUUGCCAAGUCCAUGGUGACGGAGAGCUGGCUUUUGUGAGCAGUCCUGAAAUUAAGAGUUUCUUGGUCUCUCAUGUCAUCAGGGGCCUUGACGUCUGGAUUGGAUUCAAUGAUUUUGCAAGUGCUGGAGCUCAGCAGAGGGGCGAAGGAUUUAAUCUGGAGAGCUGCCAGAACUGGCUGCCAGGAGAGCCCCAUCCAUCAAACGCUGACCACUGUGUCCGGAUGGGCCCAACGGGACAGUGCAACACCGACCUGUGCAUGGCCAAGCACAGCUACGUGUGCGAGUACAAGCCAAAAGGAAUUCUCCUGAACGCUGAAAACUUUUACGUGGGCGACCCUGCGUUUGACACACCCAGGUCUGUGAGAUACUUGACAAGAGAAGCAUCGCUGCCGGCUCCAUUGGACACUGUGGAGACGAUGGUGUUCCCCAGUUUGGCGUUUCAGCAGGAAGCAUUUUUAACGGCCCUUGAGUUUGUGACUGAAGAACUGCAGCGGUCUAUUCACGUGAGGUUUCAGGUGCACAGACCAACACGCAGAGAAGGUUACAAGGAGGAAAAAAACGCUACAUAUCCAUUCCGCACUUCUCAGGAUAUUGGGAACUGGACACUACUUGAAUGCCCUGCUGGUUUCCAGUGGUGUCACUUGACUAACACAUGUUUGUCGCUAAGCAGUUGCUGCAGCCCAGUGGAGUGUGCCAAUGAUUCCAUCACCAAUAGCACCAACUCCCUUUCUUGGCACAAUGCAAGCCAGCUCAGCUAUGAACUCCUCAAAGAGUUUCUCUUCACUAUACCAGCUAACACCUCUGCUCAGUAUCUGGUGAUGUUUAAAGGUGAAGACACCUUUGUCAGGCCUAAGGAUGUCUUCAGCAUCCAGCACGAUGCAGCGCCAGGCUUGUUCCUCCAGUGCCGGCCAAGUACACUAUCACCUUACAGAAUGAACUACUUAAGCACAAAUUCUUCUGACUGGGUGCCCAGCCUGUCCGCCAACCUCAGCGGUGCCAUCUGGAAGAAUGAUACCGUGUGCUCUCUCAGGGUUCUCUAUGCCUCUGAACAGGUGACGCCGCUUAUCAGUCAACACAAUCCCGGGCUGGAGCGUCACGGCCUCUACACCGUUAAAGCCACGGUAGACAAUGGAGUCUUUAGUGCCAACUUGUCUUGCAGUUUCUGGGUCACUUCUCUGGUGUCAGGCCUCCGUGUCAUUUACCCCUCUCCUCACAGUGGCAAAGUCUAUGUGCCAACUAACCACUCUUCGCUGGUGGUGAAGAUCUCCUCCGGGGUGAAUGCAACGGCAAGCUGGCUUGGCGAGAACCGGACCUUCCCCUUCGAAGGGGCUUGCCCCCCAGCCAUUGUUCCACUGACAGCAGACUGCACCAGGGACACCAACGACACGUGGUUCUCGGUGGUCAAGCUGAGUGGUGGUGGGGAGAGCGUGAGCACCAGGCUGCUCAUGGUGGAAAACUCUGUGAGCUCCCAGAACAUCACUGUCAAAGUGAAAGUGGAGGAGCCCAUUAGAGGACUCAGAGCGACCCCUGACCCGGAAACCAGAGUCUUGCUAAACACCCGGGUGAGCUACAUCCCUGUGAUGGAGGCCGGGUCGGAUGUGACUUUCAGAUGGACGGUAGACGAUAAGCCAUCUUUCACUUUUUACAACGUCGUCUUCAACGUUAUCUACCAAAGCCCAGCUGUGUACAAGCUCUCGCUCACCGCGUCCAAUCACGUCAGCAAUGUCACAGUUGAUUACAACGUCACAGUGGAGAAGAUGAAUAGGAUGAAGGACCUGACCGUGUCGGAGAUCCCAUUGGUCCUCCCUCAGAACACGACCGUGGAGCUUACCGCCAGUGUACAGAUCGACUCGGCUGUGGACGCUGCUUUCUUAUGGGAUUUUGGAGAUGGUGGUCAUGAAAUUUACCAGUUUAAACCUCCAUAUAAUGAGUCUUUCCUCAUUCCUGAUCCCAGCGUCCAUCAGGUUGUGAUCGAGCACAACGUUUCGUACACCUAUCAAGUACCAGGAGAAUACACCCUGGUUGUUCUAGUGUCAAACAGUUUUGAGAACCUCACCCACCAGAUCCCGGUUCACGUCCACACUUACCUGACUGACUUGACUGUAGAAGCAGAUGCAGAUGUCCUAGUCGUAGGCCGGCCUGUCACCUUCAGAGCCUCUCCGCUGCCAUCCCCCUAUGGAGUCUGGUACACCUGGGACUUUGGGGAUGGCUCCUCGCUGCUGUUGGAGAGCCAACCUAGAGUGACCCACAGCUAUCAGACCAGGGGGGUAUACAAUGUCAGCCUGACAGCCAACAACACGAUUAGCAGCGUGGAGACACACCAGCAUUAUCGUGUCUUUGAAGAGAUCACUGGGCUGAGAGUUUCAUCCAACGAGGUGGCAGAGCAAGGCAUCUCAAUAUCAGUAAAUGCUUCAGUGGAGACAGGGGACAACAUCACCUGGAUAUUUGACAUGGGGGACGGGACCAUACUGAUGAGCACGGUGCCAGCGGUAGUACAUAGGUAUGAAAAGGAUGUCAACUGCUGCACUAUUAACGUGACAGCUGUGAAUCCCGUGAACUCUGUUUCGCAGACUGUGCCUGUCCGAGUAUUCGUCCUGGAGGUCCUCAAAAUAGAGCCUUCCUCUUGCAUUCAGGAACACCCCAACGUACAGUUCACCGCGUACGUCUCGGGGAACUCCGAGAACUACAUUUUCGACUGGACCUUUGGAGAUGGCUCGUCCAACAUCACUGUUUAUGGGGACCCCGUGGUAACGCACAACUUCACCCACAGCGGAAUCUUCUCUCUCUCCCUGAUUCUCUCAAGCAGUGUGAACAAGGCGCACUACUUCACCAUCGUCUGUGUGGAGCCGGAGAUUGUCAAUGUCACGCUCCUACCCCCCAAGCAGUUUGCGAGCCUUGGCAAAGAGAGCAAUUUCCAGGUCAGCGCCAUGCCUCUGUACCAAUACAGGUACCACUGGGACUUUGGGACCAACGAUUCCGCUAGGUCCGGUGGGACUGAAGUGAGUUACACUUACAAGAGCACAGGGGUCUACCUGGUCACAGUGACUGUCUCCAACAAUGUCUCGUUCAACAAUGACACGGCUUUUGUGGAAGUCCAAGAACCAGUUGGGGUAGCGAAGAUUGAAUACAACGGGACAAGGGUUUUGGAGCUCAACAAGAUCUAUCUGUUCUCUGCCAGUGGGAAUGGGACCAAAGUGAGCUACCGCUGGGACUUGGGGGAUGGCUGUAACCAGCUUGGACCGAUCAUCACCCACUCUUACAACAACACCGGCAACUACACUAUCAGCUUGACUGGCUAUAACGAUGUAAGCAACAGUGAGACCAGGCUCAACCUCACUGUGAAGAGGCGACUCCAGGGGCUUACCAUCAAUGCCAGCAGGACUGUGGUGCCACUGAAUGGGUCAGUGAGCUUCGUAGCCACUCUCCUAGCCGGCAACGCUAGCCGAUAUUCCUGGAUCCUGUGCGAUAGGUGCACACCCAUCCAAGGCUCCUACACCAUUUCCUACACAUUCCGGUCCGUGGGGACUUUUAAUGUCAUUGUGACGGCGGAGAACGAGAUCAGCUCACUGCAGGACAGCAUCUUCGUCUACGUCUUGCAGCAGAUCGAAGGACUGCAGAUCGCCAGCAGCGACCUCGUGGAAGAUGCCUAUUUCCCAACCAACAAAACGCUUCAUCUGCAGGCGGUGGUGAGAGAUGGGACAAACAUCUCUUACAGCUGGACGGCCUUGAAGGACAGCACCCCCGUGCAGACAUUCAGUGGGAAGAUCUUCUCCUUGAGCAUCCUGGAGGCUGGGAACUACACUAUCUAUCUGAAAGCCACUAACAUGCUGGGAAGCACAGCUGUUAACAGGACAGUGGAGUUCAUUGAAAGUAUCGGCCUUUUAAAACCUUCUGCCUUCCCCAAUCCGGCUGCCAUAAACGCCUCUGUUAACAUAAGCACCAGCGUAACCAGUGGCACUUGCCUAAUAUAUAUUUGGCACCUGGAAGAGGGUUUCUCUCCUGUUACCAUUGAACCCUUCAUCAUACAUUCUUUCCAAAGACCUGGGGCUACCGCAGUCACUGUCACCGCUGAAAACAAGAUUGGUUCCACUAAUGCAUCGGUUUACAUCUUUGUACAGGAACCCGUAGUGGGGUUGAGGAUUGGGACUGCAGAGCUGGACUGCAGCUACAUCCCAUCGGGCUCCGUGGUGACCUUCAGCGGUGAACUCGAAAAGGGGACCACUGUGACAUGGCUGUGGGAGCUGCCAAAAGGCUUUCAGACUGGACAGACUGUGGCGGUGACGUUCCCUAAGGCAGGCUUUUUCUCUCUCCGUCUGAAUGUGUCCAAUGACAUCAGCUGGGCUGUGGCCAGCAAGAAUAUCACAGUGCAGGACAGGAUUGACGGGCUGGAGCUUUUUGUGAGCAAGAAGGUGGUGGAGCCUGGGGAACAAAUCGCUUUUGUGAUCAGCAUGUCUUCUGGUUCCUCCGUGAGCUAUUCGGUGAACAUAAGUGGGGGCUACUCCGUGGUGCUCAAUGGUUCUAGGUUCACCCAUGAGUUCACCGAGAGUGGUGACUACCUUGUGAUGGUGAUGGUGCAGAACCAAGUCAGCCGGGAACGCGCACAGGUGCUUAUCUCAGUCCUGGAAGCCAUCCAUGACCUACGGCUUGUGAACUGCUGCGAGCUGGGCAUCCCAACGGGAACAAAAAAGACCUUCACCGCCCAGGUUGGGAGUGGCUCACGGGUGUCGUACUCCUGGCAGUUCUCCUUGCAGAAAGAGCACGGCCGUGCCCUGGUCAGCUUGGCGGGCAGAAGUGUCUCCUACGCUCCAGCGGCUCCAGGGCUGCUAGAAAUUCAUCUCAGUGCUUUCAAUGACCUGGGGAGUUUGAACAUCACCAGAGUGAUCCAAGUCCAAGACCCAAUCGUUCAAGUCUCCCUUAAGCCAGCGUUGUCCUUUGUGAACAGGACGGUGUUGUUUGAAGCUUCCGUGCAGCCCAGCGCGUGGCAAGUUGUUUUCUGGUGGAACUUUGGCGAUGGUUCCCCAGCUCAAAUCACAGACGUGGCAGCUGCCAACUACUCCUACCUGAAGGCCGGAGAUUACCAGGUGGAGGUGAAUGCCACCAACCAUGUCAGCUUCAUGACAGCCCAUCUCACAGUCACCGUCAGAGUCCUGGAGUGCGAGGAGCCGGAGGUGGAACUAGCCCUGCCGCCACAGGUAGUCAUGAAACGAUCCCAGAGGAACUACCUGGAGGCGCAGAUCGACCUCCGUGGCUGUGUCAAGUACCAGACCGAGUAUCUGUGGGAGAUUUACAGAGCACCCAGCUGCCUGCACUUCAAUGACGCCGACAGGGUCCACCUGCUGAGCGUUGACGUGAGCAGGCCCCAGCUGGUCAUACCCAAGCUGGCCCUGGCAGUAGGAAACUAUUGCUUCGUCUUCUUUGUCUCCUUUGGAGACACCCCACUGUCCAAGAGUAUUUUUGCCAAUGUGACUAUGACGCCGAGUAAGCUGGUCCCAAUCAUCGACGGGGGAUCUUACCGCGUGUGGUCCAACACUCGGGACUUAAUCCUGGAUGGUGAGAAAUCCUAUGACCCUAACCUGGACGAUGGUGAACAGACGCCACUGCUUUACCGGUGGUCCUGCACGUCUUGCUCCAAGCGGAGCUCGCCUGCAGGGUGCUCGCUGCACUUCAGUGCCACAGAUGGGGUCAACACCAUUUCCAAGGCAAAACUAGAAGCAGAUGUGGAAUAUACGUUUGACCUCAGUGUCUGGAAGAUGGGUCUGAAUCCCGAGUCUACGAAUCAAACCGUGUUGAUCAAGAAGGGAAGAGUCCCCAUUGUAUCCCUAGAAUGUGUUUCCUGCAAAGCCCAGUCUGUCUACGAAGUCAGCAAGAGCUCCUAUGUCUACCUGGAGGGCACCUGCAGGAACUGCCAGAACGACUCCAAGCUUGGGAGAUGGGCAGCACAUAGCUUUAAAAACAAGUCUCUCAUCUUGGACAAAACCACCACCUCCACUGGCAACACCGGAAUGAACCUGGUCUUACGGCCAGGGGCCUUAAAGGAUGGGGAAGGAUACACCUUUACCCUUCACAUCACUGACCUCACAACGGGGGAGGAAGGUUACGCCUCCAUUGACCUGCUCCCGAACCGGCCCCCGAUUGGAGGAUUGUGUCAGCUCUCUCCGACCGGAGAAGUCAGGGCGCUGAUGGCAAAGGUUCACUUUGAAUGUGCAGGCUGGAGAGACACGGAGGACGAAGAGGCCCCCUUGGUGUACAUCCUCCUGGCCACGCGCUGCAAAGCGGGGCAAUGUGAGGAGUUCGGCAUGUACAAAGGCAGCCGCUCUGAGCACAGCGCCUUCCUCCCACCAGGCUUCAGUGCCAACAGCUUCCUCGUGUACGUUUCCGUGCUCGUGCAGGAUCAGCUGGGAGCUACGGUCGUGGCCCUCAACCGCUCCAUGACCAUCACCCUGCCAAUCCCUGCGGCCGGAGUCCACAGCCUCUCUCACUGGCUCUACAAUCAGACCGACACUGUGCUGCAGGGCUUGGUGAAGCAGGGGGACCCGCAGCACGUCAUCGAGUACUCCCUGGCCCUCAUCACCAUCUUAAAUGAGCACGAGCACUUGAUGUGCUCAGAAGCCAAGACGGGGAACGAACUAGAUCUUCGCACCUGGACGCGGAGAAACAUCACCGAGACCCUCAUCUCCCUGAAUGUGAACACGGUGGACGAUAUCCAGCAGAUCUCCGCUGCCCUUGCGCAGUGCAUGGUGGCGAGCAAGGAGCUUCUUUGCAGAUCAUGUCUGACGGGGACCUUGAGCAAGCUGGAAAGCAUGAUGGCCAUCCUCCAGGGCGAAACCACUCAGGGCAUCAUGACACCGACAGCCAUCGCAGACAACAUCCUCAACAUUACGGGGGACUUAAUACAACUCGUCAACACAGUUCCACAGGAGUCAAAACUCCAGGAAUCGUGCAACGAUCCCCACCGUGUGCUAGUAGCUUCCAAAGCCUACAGCCUGUCCUCCAGCCUGAUGCGCAUCCUCAUGAAGUCCCGGGUGCUGAAUGAGGAGCCCCUUGAACUGGUGGGAGGAGAAAUCGUGGCCAAAGGCAAACGGUCUGAUCCCCUCAACUUGCUCUGCUAUGAGAACACGUUGGACUGCCAGUUCUCCAUCCCCCAGGCCUUCAACACCACCUUCUCCGACCUGACCGACGUGAUCCAAGUCAUGUUCCGGGUGGACUCCAACCCCUUCCCCUUUGGCUACAUCAGCAACUACACCGUGUCCACAGAGGUGGCCUCCAUGGAGUUUCAAACCAACAACGGGACCCAGAUUCCCAUCGGGAGUCUGGACGCAGAGAAGGCCAUCACUGUGAUGGUAUCGAACAAUGCCAUGACGAACAUCUCCGCUGGCUCCGCAAUCAUUCAGGGAAAGACUUCGGUGAACCUAGUUGUUACGACAGAAAACAACAACAGAGAAGCAGGAUUGCAUUUCCAGCUCACCUACAGAGUCUUAAAUGAUCGUUACAUCUCGAGUGAGCUGGAGCCGUUCAUCGCAGCCUACCUCUCUCCCUCGCCUGCGCCCAACGAGCACAACUGCAGCGCGGCCAAGAAGAUCGGGCUGGAGGCCGUGGAGAGACGGGACCACAAGCGCUACACUUUCUUCAUUUCCCCAAUUACUGAUGACACCACCAAGGACUAUUACUUCAACAUCACAAACCAUUUCAGUUGGUCGCCGGUGGAGGUGACCCUGAGUUUGUACACCUCCUUGUGCCAGUACUUCAGUGAGCAGGAGAUGAGGUGGAAGACGGAAGGCAUCAUCCCAUUGGAGGAGACCAGCCCGGAUCAGGCUGUGUGUUUAACCCAACACCUGACAGCCUUCGGAGCCAGCCUGUUUGUUCCCCCAAACUCCGUCCAAUUCAUAUUUCCUCCUCCUGGCCCAGGUCUCAACUACAUCGUUUUGCUGACAUGUGCCGUCUGCUUUGUGACAUACUCUGUGGCCAUACUGAUUGUGCACAAACUGGACCUGAUCGACAUUAACCGAGUGGGGGUGAUUCCGUUCUGCGGGAAGAACGGGAUGUAUAAAUAUGAGAUCCUGGUGAAAACCGGCUGGGGCCGAGGAUCAGGUACCACCGCCCACGUGGGGAUCACCCUGUACGGUGUGGAUAAUAAAAGCGGUCACAGGCAUCUGGAUGGGGAGAACGCUUUCCACCGCAACAGCCUCGAUGUUUUUCAGAUUGCGACGGAGCAGAGCCUGGGCAGCGUCUGGAAAAUCCGCAUCUGGCAUGACAAUAAAGGACUCAGCCCUUCUUGGUACCUGCAGCACGUCAUAGUCCGAGACCUGCAGACCAGCAAGAGCUACUUCUUCCUGGUGAAUGACUGGCUGUCCGUGGAGAGCGAGGAGAAUGACGGCAUGGUGGAGAAGGAGGUCUAUGCCGCCAGUGAGACGGAAUUGAGGAGCUUCCCUCGGAUCUUCGUGGCGGAGCUGCAGCGGGGUUUCUUCGAGAAGCACGUUUGGCUCUCCAUGUGGGACCGGCCCCCACGCAGCCGCUUCACUCGGGUGCAGAGAGCCACCUGCUGCUCCGCCCUCAUCUUCCUCUUCCUCUGCGCCAACGCCGUGUGGUACGGCGUGGUGGGAGACGUCAAUCUCAGUCACGUGGCUGUUUCCAACCUGAUCCCACUCAGCGUUGACACCGUGGCUGUUGGUUUGGUGUCCAGCGUUGUGGUCUAUCCAUUGUACCUGGUCAUUUUAUUCCUCUUCAGGAUGGCUCGUAGCAAGGCGUCCAUCAGCCACACCCUGACCCACUCGGACCAGCAGUCCUUAGAGAUCGAUAACUACCUGGACUCCUCCUUCCUGGAGAGCUCCUUCCUCACCUUCCCCGGGAUCCGGGCCGAGGCCUUUUCCGAGCAAACCAAAACCGACUUGUUCCUGGACGAUUCAAAAAGUCUGAUUCGGUGGCACUCCAACGAGGCCCUGCUCAACUGGCCAGAUCUCCUCAGCGAGCCCUCCAUCAUGGGCAACACCAUCCAGAAGCUGAAGCGGGGACGGGCCAGCCGCCAUCUGGGGCUUGAGGUGCCUCUGCCGGCCGAGGAGGACAGCUUGUCGCUUGGCUUGCACCAAGGGCAGACCAAAUACUUCUCUGCCUCAGAUGAAGAUCUGAUACGGCAGAUCCUAGCCGAUGGAGCUAGCGGCAUCUCCCAGGAUACGGGGCAGUAUGCCAGAGCUGAAACGGACUUGAUCUCAGGCCUAUCCAGCGUGUUUGGGGAGAAGACAGAGACCAUCAUGCUGCAGCGGCUGAAUGAGAAAGGACAGAACAUAGCAGCCCCUCCCAGGGAAGUGAGCAGAUCUGCCAAGUCUACAUGGACAGUUGCAGACCACACAUUCAGGAAGCGCCUGCUGCCGCAUUGGUGCUCGUACCUAGCUCACGCCGUCAGCCUCCUCCUCUUUGUCACCUCCAUUGGGGUCUCCGUGUGGAUCGGAGUGGGCUUCACCUCCAGCGUUGCCCUCAUGUGGCUCAUCUCAGGGAUAUUCAGCUUCCUGGCGUCCUUCUUAGUCUGGGAACCUCUGAAGGUUCUGCUGGAAGCCCUUUAUUUCGCACUGGUUGCAAAGCGCCUGCACCCGGAGGAAGACGACACACUGGUGGAGUAUCCAUUUGUCGAGCACGUUUCAGAGAAGAUCAACAAAGUCCGACCUCCUCAGGGAUUUGCCCUUUUCCAGGCCAAGGAGGAGGCCAGGAAGGUCAAACUGCUUCACAAGAUGCUAAAGAGUUUCCUCAUCUAUAUGUUGUUCUUGCUGGUGACCUUGCUCACCAACUACGGCGACGCCUCCCGCAACGGCAGGGCCUUCCUCUUGCAAAGCUCCCUCAAGCAGCAGCUCGGCGGUGAGGAAUUCCUCCGCAUCAAGAGAUCCGAUGAGUUUUGGGCGUGGAUGUCGCAGGUCUUGUUGCCCUCUCUCUACAAUAACCAGUCGGGGCGAGAGAGCUGCAGCACCAUGCUGGGAGUGCCACGGCUGCGUCAGCUCCGCCUGCAGGAAGCAGAAUGCCUGGAUACCAUUCAUGAUUUCCUUAACGGGACGGAUGCAUCUGCUGCUGCUGCGAAGAAAUGCACGUACGAGUCUAACGGCUUUAAUACUGGCGAUUAUGCUGUUGGCUGGAAGAGGGUAUCUGUAAAUUUGACACAGCCGUGGUCCUACUCACCGCCUGACCUAGCAGGAGUUUGGUACUGGGGCUAUGUCUCUAUGUAUGACAGUGGAGGUUACAUCCAGGAGCUGGGACCCACGCUGGAGGAGAGCAGAGCGCAAGUGGACUAUCUUCAGCAAAACAACUGGAUCAACAACAUGAGCAGAGCGGUCUUUGUGGAGCUGACGCAGUACAACCCCAGCGUGGACCUGCACGCCGCCGUCACCCUGCGACUGGAGUUCCCCAUGGCGGGGCGAGGAGUGGCCGCUAUCGCAGUGGGGCCCUUCCCCCUGCUGCGUCUCAGUGGGGGAGUCACGCUGCAGCUUGUCAUGAUGGUCUUCCUCAUGGUGUUUGUGGUCUAUUUUGUGGUCUCCGAGUCCCUCUUCAUCAAGAAGGAAGGCAGGGCCUACUUCGCCUUGUUUGGGAGCUACAGCCAAUGGCUGCUCACCCUUCUGACCACCUGCACUGUGGUGGUGCACUUGAGCCAAGCCACCAUCGCUGACCAGCAGUGGGCAAAGUAUCUGAAGAACCGCAAGGGCUUCACCAGCUUUUACCAGGUGGCCUUCCUCAACUCAGUCUUCAACAGCCUGGCCGCCUCCCUUCUCUUCCUGCUGACUGUAAAGGCUGCCCAACAGCUGCGCUUUGUCCGGCAAUGGUCCGUGUUCGGCAAAACCCUGCAGAAGUCCACGAAGGAGCUGGCUGCUGCAGGGCUGGCCUUCGCGCUGCUCGUCCUUGCUUAUACCCAGCUUGGCUUCCUGCUUUUCUCCUCCUGCUCAGAAUCCUUCCACAGCUUCAGCAGCAGCCUCCUGCUCCUCUUGGCUGCGGUCCGCGGCAGCGUGAACCUCCGGCUCUGUCUGCCCGAGCCCUCGGGGCUGUACUACCUGUUCUGCGCCAGCUACAUCGUCCUGGAGAUGUGGAUCGUGCUGAGGCUGUUCGCCGCCGUGCUUGUCCACAGCUACCGGGAGAUGAAUUUCGAGCUGUACCGCCCGGCCUUCGAGCCCCAGGACUACGAGAUGGUGGAGCUCUUCGUCCGCAGGCUGAAGCUGUGGAUGGGCUUCAGCAAAGUCAAGGAAUUUCGGCACAAGGUGAGGUUCGAAGGGAUGGAGCCAUUACCAUCCCGAUCCUCCAGCGACAAGUCCUUCCGGGGUCCCACCCCCAGCGCAGCCUCCGACAGCUCCAGGGCCUCCACCUCUUCGAGCCAGCUGGAUGGGCUCAGCCUGGCGCUGAGCACCAGGGAGAGCUCAGAGGUGGAUGCUGAUGUCCAGCGGCUCCUCUCCCUCUUCGAGAUGUUGCUGGCCCAGUUUGACCGAGUGAACCAGGUGACAGAGGACGUCUACCGCAUGGAGCAGCAGCUGGAGGACUCACAGAGCAGGAGGACCAGGACGAAGUACAUCCAGAUGACUGAGGACCUGCUGAGUCGGUACCGCCUGGGUUGCACAGAUCAGGGGCCACAGGGACUUUAUCCUGAGAACUUUUCCAACACCGACCUGCACCCUCCCCGAGACCCUCUGUUGCCCUCCCAUCCCGCCAGCGCCCUGGGUGCUCUGCAGAGCAGCACAGGCUGUGUGCCCAGCCGGAUAGUCCGAGCCAGUAGGGGCCUCAGCGUGGCUUCUCUACUCUCCCCGCACAAGACGUAUGCCACCACGACGCCAGUGGUCAGGAAGAAAAAGCCACUGCGGGCAAAGAACAAGGUCCACCCCAGCAUCAAGUAA